AACGGAGACUGCGCCUCCUUUCGCUUCCGCCCCGUGGUCCCGGGCGCCGGAAAUCCGGCUGCCCCGGGUCACGUGCCCUGCCGCCAUCUUGGCUUCGGAGGCUGCUGCAGCCAGGACGGGGUUGGCUAGAGCGGCGCUGCUUCCCUGAGCGUAGCUUUUGGCCUGGGGGAAGGGGUCGUGGAGUUUGAGGGGAGGUGGAGGCGAUGGCUUUCUCGGCGCUGGAAGAUGGCGCCCGCGGGCAAGCCCAAAGGCGGCGGGGCUGCGAGCAUUAUGACAGGGGAUGUCUCCUGAAGGCACCUUGCUGUGACAAGCUUUAUACUUGCCGAUUGUGUCAUGAUAACAAUGAAGAUCAUCAGCUAGAUCGCUUUAAAGUAAAGGAAGUGCAGUGCAUAAACUGUGAAAGAAUUCAGCGUGCACAACAGACUUGUGAGGAAUGUAGCACAUUGUUUGGAGAAUAUUAUUGCAGUGUAUGCCAUCUGUUUGACAAAGACAAGAAACAGUAUCAUUGUGAACACUGUGGAAUUUGUAGGAUUGGUCCAAAGGAAGAUUUUUUCCACUGUUUGAAAUGUAACUUAUGCCUUGCAGUGAAUCUCCAAGGGAAGCACAAGUGUAUUGAAAAUGUUUCCCGGCAGAAUUGUCCAAUAUGUUUGGAGGACAUUCACACAUCUCGUAUUGCUGCUCAAGUCUUGCCAUGUGGACAUCUUUUACAUAGAACGUGUUAUGAAGACAUGUUGAAAGAAGGCUACAGAUGUCCAUUGUGUAUGCGCUCUGCUUUAGAUAUGAGUAGGUCCUGGAGACAACGGGAUGAUGAGGUAGCACAGACUCCUAUGCCCUCAGAAUAUCAGAACAUGACUGUGGAUGGUCUACAUCUGGGGAGCCUGACCAAAACGACCAUCAAAGAAGUUUCAAGGUGGACUCUUGUCCAUGUGUUGUGUGAGGAUGGUCACUACCAGUUACUGUGGUCACUACUGAGGAAGAACAGGGAGGAGUCAUGGCCAAGUUGCCUUGAUCUUGUCUUUAUGGAGACAAAUGUGUAGGGCUUUGUCACAAGGCUGCUUUCCUCCAGGUAUGAUGUUGCUGUGGAAACAUGGAGCCUGAAGCCUCCAAGAACACUCUGUGCUAAUCCCAGCUGCUUUAUCCAUCUGCUUUGUGUCUCAUUAGCAGACAGAGCCCAGAAAGACAGGAGGCUUUGACCAUAUCUCUGUUGAACCCAGUUUUCUAGAGAGGGGCCCCGCCCCUGGACUUUUUCCUGGGUAAGUGAGCAUCUUGGGGGUAUUUUUAGGUAAUAUUCGCUAAAUUAGAUGGAAACAAAAUCUACUUGUGCUGUAUGGUUUUCAAAAUGACUACUGGGAUUCACACUUACCGCCUAUUUGUUUCAAUCUACAUUCAAGUGGGUCCGUCUGAGAUGCAGUCUUAUUUUGAGCUUGUAGAUUCUUUUAGUAUUAACUUCCCAGUUCCCAGAAAUCGGAAUAACGGUCCUAACUCAUGGUUAAUGAUUCCUGUGGUCAAGAAAGCAAACAUUUAAGCACAUAGAUAUGGGUUAUGUUGUCUCUACAUGAAGAUGGCACUGAUGCUGGACUCUGACCACAGGUAUCAAUGUGGCCUGAGGCUGUCUCCCCGAUGGGUGACAGUGAUUCUCAGUUACGGUGCAGUGUGGUAGAUACAACCUCAUGGUUAAGAGCAUGGGCUUUGGUGUCUUGGUGUGAGCAGCAGCUAUAACAAAACAAUAUAGACUAGGUAGCAUAUAUAACACAUAUUUACUUCUCACAUCUUGGAGGCUGGGAAAUCCAAGAUCAAGGUGCUGGCAAAUUUAGUGUCUGAU